AACAAAGAUGGCCGACCGAGAUGGUCGGCUAUCGCCUGCUUGUCUUGAUGAUUUGGAGGACGAGUCUUUGGAUCCAAGAAUUCAGGGAGAAUUGGAGAGAUUGAACAAGGCGUCUGAAGAAAUAAACAAGCUAGAACUGGAACUUGAUGAUGCUAGAGCCAGUUUCAGGCAAGCUCUCACAGAUUCCACACACCAACUCAAUUCUUUAGCCAAAAAGCUUGGCUCCGUUGUGGAAAAGGCUCGACCAUACUAUGAUGCCAGGAUGAAAGCAAAGGAGGCUCACAUUGAGACCCAGAAGGCAGCUUUGCGGUUUGAGCGAGCAUGCAGUAUGCACGAGGCAGCUAAGGAGAUGGUGCAGCUAGCGGAGCAGGGCUACAACUGUAGGGAGGAACCGUCGGACCCUGCCUGGCAGGAGAUGCUGAACCAUGCUACAAUGAAGGUGAAUGAGGCAGAAAAGGAGAGGAAUGAAAGUGAACAAGAUCACAGGCACAUAAUGAUAAAGUUUCAGGAAUGUGAGGAAGUCGUACAUCACCUGCAGAGGGAGCUCAAGAGAGCCAUUGCCAAAUCUAAUUUUUCCACUCGUCGAAGUUUCCUCCAGAUGAGUGAUAUAGUAAACCGAUAUCAUUUAACAAUGUUGCCAUAUUUUGAAAUGAAGGCAAAGUUCAAUCAAACAAUGGAGGAACAGAAAAGAGGAAUAAAAAUUCUAGAAGAAGAUGUCAGUUCAGCUAAAACCAUGUAUUCUGAAGCUUUACGGAAUCUGGAGACAAUCAGUGAUGAAAUCCACCAACAGAGAAUGGAGAAGAGGAGAAAUGAUGAACUUGGGGAGAGGGGGGCAGGGGUAGGGUCAGAGACCCCCUCCCCUCCCCCUUUCAGAGACUCUGGUCACAUUAAUGGUGAGGGGCAGAAUGCUGGUGUGGAGACUGAGGAAUAUGUUCCCUCCUCGGUUAUUUAUCCAUCUGUUGAAAAGGCUCGAAACCCUAGUUAUUUGAAAGCGGUAGGUGAUUAUGGGGAAAAGGACGAAGAAUUUCCUGUGCCAAGUUUUGAGAGUGAAUACAAGUCUCUUCCAGAUCCCCACAAACCAGCUUUUAGAACUCGUAGUGCUCCGAUAGUUGAAGAUGAUGUGUUCUCCGAUGACCAGCGAGAGCGAAGCCAGUCAAUGAGACACUCCAAACCAAAUCCAGCUCAUCUGGAUCAGGGUCAGUCCAACUCUGACCCAUCCAGACUAAACAAGGCUGAAUCCAGAAAGAAACUCCAGGCAGGGGGGUUGAUUCUGAAAAUAGACUCCAACAUGGACCCCUUAGCUGGAAUGUAUAGUGCUCCAUUAAAACCGACUCGUUCAACCAGAUCUCAGGGCAAGAAUCGUAGCAGUAGGAAGUCCAAGAGUACUACUGGGUGGUCCCCUCAGUCGAGUGUACUAAGUGUUCCAAGCGGGGAGGAUGGGGAGAGCUCAGACUCAGAGAGCGUGAUCAGCACAGGACCAAUGUUGGAUGACGAACAAGUCCUGGCUCUCACUCUGGACUUUGAGAAGGUUUCCACAGACGAUGCCUCUCCACCAGCUAACCUUAACUGGCGUCGGAAAAGUCUACCCCCUAAUCUCAGUCACUUGGAACAAUUUUUACAUAAGUCUGUAGAUGAUGAAAAUGUGUAAGCAAUUAGUCUGUAAACUAUGAAGACUUGUAAACAUUUGUUCAUUUUUAUUAUUUUUAUUUGUAAUCAAACUGGUGCAUUUUCUUUGUUGAUCUUUGUUGUAAACUCAGUUUUCAUUCAUAGUAAUUUUUGUAGCAUGUAAGGCAAAUUUUGAACCUGUUGAAAAUGUAAAAAAAAAAAAAAAAGUCAUACUGUAAAAUCAUGCUAGAAAAUGUUUGAAAUUUGAGGUUUGAAUACUAGUAUGUGGGGAAAUAUUUACAUUUUUUUUCUUUGUGAACUGGGUAUUCUGCAGAAUCUCUGUUAAAUAUUUGUCUUUGCAGGAUAAAAGUUCUUGAAUGAAAACUGCCAAAAAAAAUCCUCCAUAAGUGUUAAAAAUGGGUUAAUGAUCUGUGUUCCUUUGAGAACAGGGUAUUUCUGUCGGUGCUUGUGAUUUUCUGCUGUUAUACUUAGUAUAUACCUUGGUAGCGUGUAAUAUGUGGUGGUGUGAAACAUUUCCCCCUCAAGGACCUGUAUAUUUUUUAUUUUUUACCAGGCUUACAUUAGUUAGCCUUUAGUUUUUGUACUGUGCUUAUACAUGGUUUUACAUACCCUCUUCAAAUCAAGCCAUCUUUGGACAUUUGUUCUACAUUUUGUGUAUUUGAAUUUUGAAACUUGAAUGGAAAAAAAAGGCUUAAGACUAGUCAAACUUAACACUACCUAUACAGUAUUUUAUGCAUUUUAUAUUAAAAUGUAUUUUACACUUUCCCUAUUCAGUUCAAGUAAUUCAAAAGUCUGAUAUUCUGUUUGAAAAUGGCAGUUAAACUAGCCAAUUUUUUAAUGAAGUUAUUAGCCCAAGUUUGAAUUUAGAGCUAUUCUCAGCACACACCCACCCCCCCCCCCCCUCCCCAUGAUUGAUUUAUGAAUGCAGACAUUUUAUACUGGUAUAUAUUUAUUUUAGCCAUUAGAAUUACAUGACCAUUUAUACAAUCAGAUCUCCAUUUUGUUUUGAGAUUCGUAAUCAGUGCCUCAUAAUGGAAGCAUAAUCAAAAUAAUCCUUCUAUCCUCUGUUGUGCUUUCUCACACAGUCACACGUUAGCCUGUGUUGUUAAUUAGACAUCAGUGCUUUUAAAAAUUCACUUAAUUUUCUUUUAAAGUUAAGUUAUUAGACGGUAGUUAUGUAAACUUUAAAGUUAUACCAGCACUGUAGUCCAGGGAUUUUUUAUAAAUCAAAUUCAAUACAAGCGGCUGUCAUAGUAAAUGAAUGUGACCAAGAUUUAUCUUGUUUCAAUUACUCUAGUAAAAAAAAAAUCAACUUGUAAAUGUAUGAAUCUUAUAUCUGUAUCUUUUAAAAAGUGUUUAUAAGGUUGACUGACAAAUAAGGUAUGUGAUUUCUGAAGAAUAAUGAUAUAAUUGAUUCCUCUCAGAAUUAAGGUAAGGUUUUACUUUGCAUAAUGUGUUUUGAUGUUUAGAAUGAAUAGAAUAAAAACGAGGAAUCUCUAA